AUGAAACAGAAAAUAAGUAAUGAUAUUGAUGACGAGGAGUAUGAAGAUGAUGGAGAUAAUAAUGAUGAAGAUAAUGAUGAUGGUGAGGAUGAUAAUGAGGAUCAGGAUAAUGAGCGUGAUAAAGAUAAUGAUGGGGAAGGUGAUGAGGAUGAUGGACAUGAGAUGAAGAUAAUGAUGGUGAGGAUGAUGAUAAGAAUAAAGAUGAUUAGGAAUAAUGAAGAUAAUAAUGGGGAGGAAGAUUAUAAUUUUGAUUAUGAGGAUUAUGUUGAGGAUGAUGAUAAUGAGGAUGAUGAUAAUGAGGAUGAUGAAGAUAAUGAUGGGAAGGAAGAUUAUAAUUUUGAUUAUCAUGAUGAGGAAUUGUCGCGCAUCAUCCCGGGCCGACGCAACGCCCGAAGCAUCCAGAACAGUGACGUGAACAGCAAUUCCAUCCACAGGGUGGUUACUUUAAGCCCGCAGAAUUCCCAGGUCACUAAGGGAUGGGUGACAGCUACGAGUCAGAACAUCAAGUCGCUGGGUCAGCGCUAG